AUGGCGCUGACCUUAAGGAUGGCAACGAGCGGGAUGUGUCAACGAGUGCACCGCUACAUCGAAAAGGUCGGCGGCGCCGGCGAGAGCUACGAAGACCUCACGGAUUCGCUUCCGGACGACGACUGUUGCUACCCCAUCUUCAAUUUUGACUUCGUCACCGUCGCGCAAGAUCUUCUUUCAUUGCCUGAGCGAAGAAGACAGUGA